AUGCGGGAGGACGCCGGCGACCGCAACGCGCGGGUGUGCGGCGAGCCCAAAAUUUUCAUCGGCCAGAUCCCGAUGGAGUGCAGCCAGGAGGACGUGCUGGCUCUGUUCCGACGCUUCGGGAACGUGAAGAGCGCCAGCCUCAUGACGCACGCCGACGGCCGCAGCAAGGGCUGUGCGAUGGUGCUGUACGAUAAGUGGUCGGAGGCAGAGGCGGCGAUGGAAUCGACCAACGGUAACGCCUGCCUGGGGGAGGACCGAGCGCUGGUUGUGAAUUUCGCUGACCCGCCGAAAAGAGGAGGGGGCGCGCCGCCGAUCGCGCCGAAGACGUUGUUUGUCGGACAGGUGUCGAGUGAUCCCCCCCCAAAUGCCCUGCCUCGGUGUCAGUGUUGUCAGUGCUGUGGCCGCCUGCCCUGUGUGCGUAUGUCUGUGUGUGUGGGAGUGCGUGUCAAGCUGUUGCAGCCAUGCACUCAGUGCAUUCCGUCCCGGGAGCAGCGAGGCUGCGCCGGGCGCAUGGUGGGCCGCAGAACGGCCCAGGCCUUGUUUGUCGUGGGAGUGUGUGUGCGGGUGUGUGCGGGUGUGUGCGGGUGUGUGCGUGUGUGGCGUGCUUGUGUGUGUCCGUAUUGCAGCGUCAGUAGUCGUUUGCAUGUGAGGUAA